CAGAUUAUUAUUGUUAUGCGAGUGCAUUUUCGAUUGUUAUUUGCCAAUUUUUAAGAUUUCAUAUUAUUUGAUCAGUGUAUGAACGCAACUACAGAACGAGAAAAAAAAGUUUCAUUUUAAAAUUAUUUGUUAUAUUUUGACAUCCGUACAUUAAUAAAAUCAAAUUGUUGUGUGUGCGAUAUUAUUGACAAGUUUGUGUGUAAUAUUUUUUUUUUCGUUGUUCUUCAAAGGUGCCAUGAUUUGAUGUUUGGAAAAUCACAUCAAAAACAGUAAUUGCUCAUGGGCGCAUAAGCAUAAACGCAGUUAAAUUUAAUAUUCAAAUAAGUUUGAAAUAUAAAUGAAGUACAAUGUUGUGAAAAAAAAACACAAAUAAAUGACAGAUAUGCAAACAAAAGAAACAGAUGAUUCAUAAACAAGUUUUUUGCGUUUCAAUUUGGUCUACAUUUCACAAUGGAUAUACAGGAUAAAGUGGCUGAUGAUUCUAAUAAAAGUUCGAAUAAUUCGAAGAAUGUAUACAAAAUGCACGACAGUAAUGUCCAUUCAUUAGAUGUUGUGUGCAAAAAUACAGGCAACAAUAAUAAUAAUAAUAACAACAAUAACGACCAUGAAAAUAUGGAAAAUGUUAAUUCAACGACAAUGUCCAAUCAAAAAUUCGACAAUUCAAUGCGACAAGAUUCGAUAAAUAGUGAUUUUUCACCAUUAACCGAUUCAAUACAAAUGAAUGGCGUGGACGAACGACACCGAAAUAGUCUUGAAAUGCGAGCCGCUGACGAUGAGUAUUCGAUAAAUGACAAUCAAUCGAAUGUGAGCGAUGAUGAUGGGGCAUCCGAUAACAAUUCCACCGACAAUAUAUCGUUUGUGAGUGAGGAGGAUAUUGUUGAAAAUGUCAUUUUACUACCAAAUAAUUUUCUAUCAGACGACGAAUCGACAAAUUCGGAUGAUGUAGUAUAUGCAUAUCGUGGUGCCGAUUUUGAACCCAUUCAAGUGAAUUUGGACGUGAAUGGGGAUGAUGAGACUGACUAUUUGGAAAUGGAUUUCGAGCCAGAGAGCACAUCCGAACCGAAUCAAUCAAUAUCCAUUGAACCAAACUGCAGUCAUUUGGCUGGUUCGUCGAACAAUUUCAACGCAAAUUUGUACAAUACCAUGUCAAAUGCAAUGAACAAUGAAUCAAAUAAUGCACAAGUCAAUCUAAAUACAAUCGAACGUACAGGUGUACACAAAAACUGGCUUGCACCGAUUGAAGUGCGAUUGAAUGGCAUUCACAAAGAAAUCAAUGAUGCAUCGUCGAUUGCAACGAAUCGCAAUGAAAAUAGUCAUUCUAAUGACAACAUCAAUAUUCACUGGACGAAUAAUAAUAAUAAAUUAGAAGCACACAUAGACUCAAUGGAAAAUGAAAGCAAUAAUAAGUCACUAGCAGUUAAACAAAAUGCAAAUAAAAUCCUAUCAGUUACAGGCGAUGAUGUAAAUUCACCGUACUAUGAUAAUACCGUUUCAUUAUCAACUAAAAAAUAUACCGGCACUAUACCAAAGACAAAUAAACUAAACAUUCGACCACGAUCGAAAACUACCGCUCCUGAUUUUCUGGUGAACGGCAAUGGAUUGGCACGGUUUGAAUCUCAUGUUACUGAAGCAACACACAGUUCAUUGGAGUUAUGGACACGACAAUCCGAACAACAAAAACAACAGCAAAAUAGUCAAACACAUAAACGCUGGAAAGUUUCUGAUCGUGAAAAAUCCGCAUCAUCAUCGUAUUGUGAUAAUUUGGGUGGCUUAACAUCAGGCAUUGAUACGGAAGAUAGUAGCUCUUGUAAGCAUCGCCCUGUUAUAGCUACUCGUUCAAUGUCAUUUCCCAAUGAAGAUUCGUUGGACCAAAGAAUACCAACUGCCAUUAUGAGUGAUAUAAUGGGACAGCCACAUUGCAAGCGUGAAAUUGAAAUUGAUAUCGAUCAAUCUAUAUCAGUUACAUUCGAAAGCACUUAUUGUACUAUUGACACUAUUAUCAAAGCACUUGAUAAAAUUCACGUUCUUCCCGACCUGCGAGCAUUGCAAAAGGCGUUGCAUGAUGACGAUGAAGGCAAGGUAUCACAAAUGAAUAUUCCAGAAUAUUUGGAAUAUACAUCGAAACGGUACUGCAACUACAAAGCAAUCAUUGCAGCCAUUGAACAAUCAUGUGAUGACGUUGAUGUUAAAUAUUUUGCGCUCCCAGAAGCAUUUCCCCCGGAAACUAUUCACAUUCCAGUUCGAAUGAUCGCUAAUCGUUUGCCAACAAAUGGAAGUCUGGACAACAUUUUGAAGAUUAAAAAUAAACGAUUCCACCAAAUGAAUGUACUGGGUAAAAUUGUGAAUUUGAUUCGUAAAUUUCCCAGCAUGCGGCCGGAUUUAAUUCAAAACGAGAUUAUUUCAAUUCCACAAUUCUAUCGAAGCGGUGUGAUUUGUAUUAGCAAAAAAAAGUCAUCGUCGAACCAAAUUUAAUGUCGUACGACAAUAGAAAGCAAUUUCGUUAAAACACUAACACAACCAAACAUGAUAUCUAAUUGAAAUCAAAAUAUAUUCCUUAUUUAUUUCAUGAUCUGUUUGCAAUUUUGUUCAAGCUAUUAUCACUAUAUUAGAAGAUAGCAUUAGCAUUUGCAUCGAAAGUCACAAACUUAUUUUACGCUGAAAUGUUUAAUUUUCUUUUUUGAAUUACAUAAUAUUAUAAAUUUAAUGGAAAACACACAUUUAUUAAAUUAAGCAAA